UACCGUCUGAGUGUAUUAUUGCAUUUUCACUCCGCGGUUUUGUCAUCCUGAAGAUUCCUCGAACCCGCCUCUGUUUGGCAGUGUCAGACUCGUACUUGCCCCAGUUAUGACAAGAUACAUCAGAUUCAUUGGGUCUCAAAAUGAUAACGUCCACGUCGACACGUGAAGCUGUGCAAAAGUUGAGGAGAAUCCGGCGCAGGAGAGGGACGUAACCGGGUACUCUCGACGGCUAUAGAGAUCUUCCUGCCCGUCAUGUCGGAUCAGAAGCGUUUGUCCUGUAAUGUCUCCCAACCCACGCUGGCACUCCCCUUACUUCAUUUCUUAUCGAUAUGAACUCAAUAUUAUUCCCUCUAGGAUCGGACAUACCAACAGUAAACUUGUCGCAAGUGCAAGACGACACGUGGUUGAUCGAGCUACAAAAUGGAGCAGAAAAUUGGUUAUCACGCUUGUGUAUGGAGGAAUACAUUUUGCCGGCACUUGAAGCAGUGAAAACCGAAUGGUCGAAAACAAAGGGUUCCGGUGCUGUCAUAAUCACAGGAAAUCGAAUGCAAAAGAAAAUAUUCUCCAAUGGUCUCGUCCUCGAAGAGUUGGGUGGAGAGCCUAAACUGUUUGAUGUGCUGGACCGGCUCGCUCGUUGCAUGUUCACUUACCCAUUGCCCAUUAUCUGCGCCCUGACCGGACAUGCCUUUGGGGCUGGCUUCGUGUUUGCACUGGCUUGUGAUUACCGUGUUACGGCCUCUAAGAAGGCAUGGUGCUCCCUAAAUGAGGUACACUUUGGGGCUCCACUCCCCGCGAUAAUUACUACAAUCCUUCGAGCGAAACUUUCGGAUCCCGCGGCUCUCCGGAGAUGUGCUUUGGAAGGGCAUAGAUAUACCGCACAAGACUGUGUCGACUUUGGCCUUGUCGACGAGCGGGCGGACCGUGGGUUUGAAGGUGUCCUGUCUGCUGCCAUGAGAAUGGUGGAGAGAAUCAAAGUUCGCGCCAAAUGGGUGCGUGGAGUUUGAAAAAGGCAGAAAUAUAUCGCGAUGUUGUCAACGCAAUUGACGCGGGCCGGCGUGCCAAUUUCACAUUCACCAAACUAUAAAUAACUAUGUUUGGCUUAUCGAGUCGUGUUGGCCACUUGGCAUGAAUCUGUCAAGAAGGCAUGCCACCCAAACAAACACCUCCAUUGAAAACAUGUCUUAAUACUAACUAACACCUCCACUCGGUAGCCUGGACAGUCCCUGGAAAGCGAUGAUCAUUGCCCGACGAACCUGCACGGCCACCGGAAUGUUGAAGACUGUAUGAUACGUGAACAUCGGGGUUGAUGGCAGCGCGAGUUCAGUUGAGAGAAGAGGGAAGCAGCGAUUUGGUAAUGAAAUCAUCGCAAGCGAAUGAAUUACGUCGGAUAUGAUGUUGAUAUUCUUAAACAUGCC